AUGGGCUGUAUCUCUCGCCCGAUCGCCUUCGUCAAACGGGUAGUGGUUCCCGAUAUCGAUAGGCGACGAAAGGUGUUGCAUAAAACGUGCCACCCUAACUUGGUUAAUCUGACGGACGUGUUUAUCAACCAGGAGACCGUCUAUUUCACCUACGAGAAGUCCGGGUUGUCUCUGAGAGAACUCCAGGACAUGGACGACGUCACUUUUGACCGAAUUGCUGUCGCCACUAUCUGUAAAGAGGUCCUGAAAGGGUUGAUUUAUAUGCAAGAAGAGUUGGGACUUCACCACGGACACUUGGAUUCGGACUGUGUUUACGUGAACGAGGAUGGUCAAGUCAAAAUAGGAGACGUUGGCAAUAGCAUGCUGGCGAAAGAAGAAAACCAGGGCACGGCCCAUGAUAUUCAAUCAGUGUAUAAUCUUGCAGCAGAUCUCCUAGACUUGUCGACAAGCUCGGAGAAGGACACCAUGUCCUUCCACUUGGCAGAGGACUUUACACUCUUACCAUCCGAUGUGACGUUUCAGGAAGUUAUGACUCAUCCAUUUCUUGCAAUUGCGCAAGAUCCAUGGUAUUUGGCGUACCUUGGAUUGAUGUAUACCUUUGGUCUUCAGCAACACACAUGGUUCAAGACUCCGUUGGAGCAGGGUAAAGGAAGAAAAUUCUCUGAGAGGAGCUAA